CCGCAGAAGCGCAGCAUGUUCACCUGGGGAGAGGACUGUCGGAGCGGCUUCUGGUCGAGGGGCGCGGCGGAGGAGGGGGAGGAGGGGGGGGGGGAGGGGGAGGACCGGGUCCAUCGCCUGCACCUCGGGGCCCCGCUGCGCGCCCUGAGCGCGGGGCGCAGCGCGCUCGCCUUCGUCAAAGUCAACGGGAACGCGUUCGUCAUCCGCACGCACGAGAGCGCGGAGGGAAGAAGCGUCAGGGGGAAGCAGAAGUUCCUGAAGUGUAAAGAGAAGAUCAAGGCGCUGAGCUGCGGCGACGACGUGGUCGCACUGUUGUCGGAGCGAGGCUCGGUUCUCUGCGUGGACACAACCCGCCACCCGUUCACCCCCAGGCCACUGGAUGUGUUGUGUAACAUACCAGUUCGCCAGGUUGCUUGUGGGAGCCAGCAUUCAAUGGCCUUGACCAAUGAUGGUCAGGUGUACACGUGGGGUCAGGAUUCCAGGGGCCAGCUGGGUCUGGGGAAGGGGAAGUCCGGCGCCAACUCGCCGCAACACCUCCGAUCUCUGUCGGCGAUCCCUCUGCUCCGCGUGGCUGCGGGGGGGGAGCAGAGCUUCGCCCUCUCCGUCUCCGGAGGCGUGUUCGGCUGGGGCAGGAACGACCGCGGACAGCUCGGGCUGGGAGACACUGCAGACAAACAUACACCAACUCCUGUUAAAUGCCUGGACAUGAAGAGAAGUGUUCAGAUUUCCUGCGGAAGGGAUCACACCGCCACCUUGACGAAGGACGGCGCAGUGUUCACGUUCGGCUCCGGCCAACACGGGCAGCUCGGGCACAACUCGUUCCGCGAUGAACUCCGCCCUCGUCUUGUUGCAGAGCUCUUGGGGGCAAAGGUCACCGACGUUGCGUGUGGAAUGCACCACACAUUAGUGUUGACAGACUCCAAGAAGGUUUACUCCUUUGGGCGUGGAGAGCAAGGGCAGCUGGGACAUGGAGGCGAGACUCAUCCGUCGGUGCCGCUACCCGUUCAACUGCCACAAGGCAGCGGUGAUGGUCCCAAAAUUACAAACGUCUUCGCAGGGGGAAACUGUUCAUUUGCAACAUGCACGUCCGAUGAGGAGGAGUCAGGCGCGGACAGUGUCGGUAGUGUGACACCAUGUCGUCUUGAUGACAUGAUUGACAAAUGGACCACUCCAUGUGAUUCAAAGUCAUGGAAGAAGAUCAAACAGGAAAUCCACCGGACUUUUUCCAGUGCUUCUUGUAUGAAUCAAAGCUUCAUCGAGCAAAGGAAAGAUAAACAUUUCCAGACCUCCACAAAGAACCCCGGCCUGAACUUGUUGCUGGCGCGAAACGCUUUCAAGAAACUGGCAAAGAAGGAUGAUGUCUUGUCAGAGGUUGAGGCAGCCGUGCUUCACCUGCUUCAUUCCUUUGAUACGAAUCCGGUGGGGGUGGAGGGGCUGAGGAUCUUCCUGCUUCUCAACGAGCUUCUGCGCGUGAUGCAGACACACAAACGACAAUGGAGCACGAAGCUCGCCGAGGCCGUCGCUGCCGCUGUGCUGACCUUGUCUGCUGAAAACCUGCAGGUCAUAGGUGACUGGUGGACGACACUGCCAGCCUCCACCAUGUCUAAAUAUGUCAAGGUUUGGAAGAAAGCCCUGUCAGUCAACUUGUCCUCUCAGCCUGUUCCUCGCAACUCUGGAGUCAGAAAUCUGCUUCUAGUCCUCCAGUACAUGUACAAUGCCAACAGCAGGACUGCAGAAUCCCGAAGGAUGCCAGAAAGUGAUUUUCAUUUGGUGAUUGACACAAAAUUCCUUCAAGAAGAUCUGCGUUUUUGGAUCUUACAGUCAAAACCCGAGAUAGGGUUUGCUGAGCCACUUAUCCUUUGUGGCUUUCCAAUUGUGAUGGAUCUGCAAUCAAAGAAAAUGGCUUUUGACAUGCAUGCUUCAUACUCCAAGGAAGAAACAAUGGGUGCAUAUUGGCGGAAUAUCUAUGUGUUAGGUGGAUAUUCUGCAUUGCCUCAACAACUGUUCUUUGAUCUGGACCUGAGGCGAGCAUCGAUUUCAGAAGACACUUUUGAAAAACUGGGUGCUGUUUGCCACAGUAACUACAAAAGACCACUCUUGGUCUACCUUGAUGGAGCCCCUACACCCAGCUAUGUCUACACAAAAGACUUUUUUCAUGAAGUUUUUCAUGAGAUUGUGUCAGCUGAAUCUGGGAUGUUCCUCUUCAAUGACUCCAAAACACUAGCAUGGUUCCCCUCCAGACAGGCAACACAGGACCAUCACAGGUACUUCCUGUUCGGGGUUCUAUGUGGAUUGGCUUUCUACAACCAGUGCAUCAUACACUUACCCUUCCCGAUGGCUCUGUUCAAGAAGCUGCUGGGUGUUAAGCCUUCCCUGGAGGAUAUGAUGGAAUUCAGUCCAAGCAUUGGAAAGAGUCUGAAGGCCACCCUGGAAGACUACAAUGAUGAUGACAUUAAAAACCUGGAUAUGUGUUUUUCAAUCAGUUGGGAUGGGACAGAUGUUGACCUUGAUCCUCAAAAUCCUGAAAAAGCAGUGACAAGUCAAAAUAAGAAGGAGUUUGUGGACGCCUAUGUGAAUCAUGCGUUCAACACAUCAGUGGAGAAUGUGUUUCUGGAGUUCAAGCGAGGCUUCUUCAAGGUGUGUGACCGGAACUUGGUCAAGCUGUUCCGUCCAAAGGAGCUACAGGAAAUGCUGGUGGGCAAAGACUUCAUUGACUGGGAAAGGCUGAAACAGAACACAGCUUAUGAGGCGCCUUUCCAUCCGGACCACCCCAACAUACUGAUGUUUUGGGAGGUAUUUGAUGAACUGACUGAGGAUCAGAAGAAAUCUUUCAUCUGGUUUGUGACGGGUUUUGAAAGGGUGCCUGUUCUCAAGACUGAGAACAUCCAGAUGACAGUCCGGGUUAAACAAGGCUCUGACGGCUCUGACGACCAUUUCUACCCGGAGACACUCACGUGUUACUCUUUCCUGGAUCUGCCCUUAUACUCAACGAAGGAGAUCAUGCGAACAAUGCUGACGGUGGCCCUGAGCAACAGAAGAGGAACCCACAAGUGAUGCUGGGACUGUGCCCCUCCUAUUCCCAGUAUCUGCAAUGAACAGAGGACUUAGAGAAGAUAUAACACUUUGCAAGAGCAGCCUCUGUAGCUCGCAGUGUACCUGUGUAUUGGCAAACAUGACGGGUUUAAAAUUCUUAAAGGUGACAUAUUAUGCAAAAAUCUCUCUUUCAAUGCACAUAAAUGUGUGUAUCUGUGGAGCCUUCUGGCCCACGAACCUUGAAAAAAGACCACCCUGUGUUUUUUGUGAGCUGG